CCAUAAAACAAAAUAAUAACAUGAUAACAUAAUAAUAAACAUGUUUUGACAAAAAUGUUAAAAACUGAGUUAUCUGGUUUCGCAACGAAACUCUUCAAAUAUAAAACCAAAAUACUAGAACAGAAACUCAGUAAAAAAUGUAUGUCACUUACAUUAUGAGUUGGUGUUAUUCAGUUUUGUGAAGGAGUUUGUGUCAUGACUCCUCGCGAGCAGCUGAGGAAGAUAUCAGCGCUUGGAGAUCAAGGUGGUAUGGAUGAGAAACACUGGUACAGAUUGGUCAAUGGAUUGUCUGCUGGAGAGUUGCGGCAGAGGCAAGAGCUCAUGAUGAGGAAUCAGAUGGCCAUGACUCCACAGAUCUUAUCUCAGGGUCAACAGAGACUACCCACACAGUUUGAUCACCGCUUCAUGGAGAGGGAGCUGGUGCCGCAAAAUGAAAUGGUAUCAGCUGAUGCCAGGCAAAUGCAUAUGGGUGCCCAUCUUGGGCAGACGCUGGCACCAAAUUCUAAUGUUAUUCCAGGCAGAGGAUUUCCAGGAACAGGUUAUGGGUUUCUUCCAAAUGAAACCAUGGAGACGGUGGCAAGACGUCAAGAGUUAAUUCACAAACAGAACAUAGCCAGGAUGGAGAUGAAUGCCAUCCUGCACCAAAAAGAGUUGGAGAAUGCCCAACAGAAGGGUCUCAUCGGCAUGGACAAUCAAAUGAUGUACCAGGGCAUCCAACCCAAUCCCAUGGCCUUCAGGAGUCGUCAGCGACUUCCAGAUGGCCACGAUGUCUUCGUCCACCGCACUUCCCUUGAAGACCUGCAUGCCAACAGUCUCCUCAUGUCAAGCCCAUAUCCACCAAUCAGCACGCUGCAAAGGGAACGUGGACGCAGGACAAACAGAAGGGCCAACAAUCAUAAGAGCUCCGACAGCAGCGUCGCUCUCGCCAAAUGCCAAUCAGAAGAGAAGAACGUAGAGCAAAGUCCAGGAGGAGCUUCAGCAGAGGAGAAGGAAACAGAAGGAAAAUGUGAAAUGAGCGGUGAGGCCAUCGCCAGCAAACCACACCAAACUAAAGCAGAAACUGAGCUCACUUCGGGCAGCACCAGAAAAAGUUUUAAGGAAGAAGAGCCAGGGCUUCACAAGGCGUGUAUUAAUGGACAGGAAAGCUGUCCAGAAGUCACCAACUGCAAUGUUAGCAACAGCGAGAAAGAUAUACCCAACCCUUGCUCAGCUUUCCAAGACAAAUUUUUGUACUCAUCUGCCAGUGGUCCACUCACAACAAUGCCCUACAUGUUUCCCAUGCCUGGAAAUGGUCUUUUACCAUUGGGAACUCCUAAUAUAUUUCCCAAUGGAGAAGAGAUGUCUUCACAGGAGGACAUCCGGAAGUGGACAGUUGAGGACGUCUACAGUUUCAUCAGUGGGAUACCAAGUUGCUCUGAAUAUGCUCAGACAUUUAAAGAGCAUAUGAUUGAUGGAGAAACACUGCCUCUUCUCACAGAGGAGCAUCUCCUUGAUACACUCGGGCUCAAGCUCGGCCCUGCACUCAAGAUUCGAGCACAGCUGUCUCGUCGAACGGGUAACAUGUUUUACAGCAUGAUGAACCUGCCUGUGCCUAUGCCUGUGUCUGGCCUGCAGCCUCCACCUGAGAAAAAUGGGGACAGGUCAUCAGACAUUAGCUCUCCUCUCAUCUGCAACAGUGUGGAGAUGCUCGGCAGUCCCAGAGACACAGACGCUCUUAAAUCCACAGAGCCUGGGACUGAAACUGACAAUCCCUCUCCUACACAAAUGAAUGAGACCAAUUGAAAGAGGCUGUGAAGAACUACCAAACUAUUCACCUUUUACUUUUAGUGUCUGCAAGUCAACAAAACUUAGUUGACUUGUAACUAUGAUGGCCACAUUUUUUUUUUGACAACUCAAGAUUUUUUUGCCGCUGUUAUCCUGGUUUAUAAAAGGCACGAAUAUCCUCUGGAUUAUUUAUCUUUAAACUAAAAAAUCCUGAGUAUUUGGCACCCAUUUUAUUGGGCUUGACAAAUUCAUAUAAUGACGACACAUUUUAAUAUGUUAAAUUAACAUUUCAAUAGACUUUUAAAUAUUUAUUAUAAAUCUAUCAUGCUGUGUGCAGUGCUUGUGUGGUCUAUAACAGAGUGAGUGCGCUUUAAUUUUGUAUGUGUUUAUAUAUUUUUGUAAAUUAUGUAUUGUUCUACAAUUGUUUGCUGAAUAAAAAUAAUUGAUAGAAGUAAUAAUUCUCAUAUUAUUCAGGUACUUCUUUGGUCUUGUU